CUAGCUGGGAGGCAUGAAGAGAGGGGGGUAAGAAGAGAGAGAGGGGGAGUGGACGAGAGAUGAGGCACACAUCUGUUCAGAAAGAGUGAGAGUGAGCACGAGAGAGAGAGAGUGAGCGAAGGAGUAAAGGACAGAGUGAGCAAGCAGAAGCGAAAAAAGAGACCAGCCUUGGGUCAAGCUGUGCUGCUGCUAAUCCAGUGAAGAUGAAAGCUGUGAAAUCAUCUCAGGCGGACGGAGGCCUGUUUUAUGGACAUGGUGGCCCUCCUCAGUAGAUCAUUCCUGAUGGAUGUUAUGGAAGUUUUCAGGAUGAAGGAGAUGUUGUGGACUGUGAUGGUGGUACUUGGCCUGUGUGGACAGAGGAGGGUGUGGUCUGCACCCUUAGAUCCUUCCACCAGCUUAACGAUUUCCUCAGCCCCUCCUUCUGCAACUCCCACGGAGGACGAGAGCAUCAGACUGGUGGACUGGCUCACAAAGUAUGGUUACCUGCCCCCACCAGACCCCUCCACUGGUCAACUUCAGGCCUGGUCAGCGGUAACGCAGGCAGUGAAGGCCAUGCAGAUGUUCGCUGGUUUGAACGAUUCAGGAACUUUAGAUGAGGAGACAUUGAGGUUGAUGCAGACUCCACGCUGUUCGCUGCCGGAUGAUGUCGGUGGUCAGAUGGCUCCUCUCUCAGCUCCACACUCUAAAACUCGUGGUCAGAGAAUGAGGAGAGCCGUGUCCAGCUGGAAACGCCGGAACAUCAACUGGAGGUUGCGCUCCUACCCCACCUCCUCCACGCUGUCCCGCGAGAUGAUUCGCUCUCUGGUGUUCUACGCACUCAGGGUGUGGGCGGAGCCAACACCUCUUGAGUUUCAUGAGGUCGGAGGCCCAGAGGGGGCAGAUCUACAGAUUGAUUUCUUACAUGGUUCUCAUGGUGAUGGAUAUCCAUUUGAUGGGGUGGGUGGGGCUGUUGGCCACGCCUUCUUCCCCUCUGACCCUGACAGGGCAGGUGGAGUUCAUCUGGAUGCAGAGGAGGAGUGGGCAUUCAGACAGCCAGCUUCUGAAGGCACGGAUCUGUUCACAGUGCUGGUCCACGAACUUGGUCAUGCCCUCGGACUCUCUCACUCCUCCGCACGGCGCUCUGUGAUGCGACCGUAUUACCAGGGGCCUCUAGCCGACCCUCUCCACUUCAGCCUGGGGUCUCCAGACCGAGAGCACAUCACCACUCUUUAUGGGAAAAGGAGUGAGCAUCUUCAGACAGACAGUCCUCCUCUACAGACAGAUGAUCUGAAACAUCAUCACGAAAGCACUCAGAGAAUCACACACAUGCACAGACACACACACCGCUACAUGGACAGCCUUUCAUUGGAUCGUUGUAAUACCAGCUUUGAUGCGGUUGCUAAAAUUCGAGGGGAGACUUUUUUCUUCAAAGGUGGGAGUAUGUGGAGGGUGAACAGAGGAGGUUUGGUUUCAGGCAGAGCUGUACCUGUCCACAGACUUUGGGGGGCUCUCCCCCUCUCCAUGCCCCCUCUACAAGCUGUUCUGGAAAGGCAAGAAGACCAUGCCAUCAUCUUCAUUAGUGGCUCUCAGUUCUGGCUGUUUAAGGACCUGUCUCUCCAGGAUGGUUUUCCUCAGCCUCUGUCCGUUCUGGCUCCUGAGGGAUCUGACGGGGUUUGGCAGGGCCUGCACUGGGACCCUGUGGCAGGAGUGGUGUGGGGGUCUCAGAGGGAAGCACUGGAGGAGGAAAGUGAGGCCUGGACUGAGCUCAUCAAAGGAGGAGUAAAUGGAAUUAUCACAGAGAAGAAUGGUUCAAUCUACCUCUUCAAGGACUUCUCCUAUUGGAAGUUUUCCCACCCAGGCUCCGCCCCCGAGGAGGGAUACCCCAGGCCACUGGCCACAGAUUGGCUAGACUGCCCGAACCCCUCCACAUAUCACUCCAGUGACAUCUCUUUGACGUCUCUUGUUGGUCAGCAGGAGCAACACGGGAAGAAGUCACACGGGACAGUUGACCAGAUCAGGCACCAGGACAAAGAACGCCCCCUCUACUGGGACUGUCCCUGUCUCAAAGGAACAGCACACACCAACCAGGGACAUCAUGUACUGAUGAUUCUUAGUCUAGUUUUACUACAUCUAACUAUCAAAGGGUCCUUGGAGCCUUUGAACCUAUGGUCAGACCCUCUGCAUCUGUAGAUGUUUUUUACAUAAGACAAAAAUCAACAUAUUAAACUUAAUUUGUCUAUACUAUGUAUAUUUAAUUGGAACCUAAACUUCAACUUAAAAAAAAAAAAAAAAUGUUUUAUUGAAAGUAGUUGGACUGAACUUUUGCCCUGCAGCUCUGACCCUGUUUACACUUGAUCAUUUAAUCUGUUUGUGUAUUAGGAUAACAUUAGUGUUGUCAAUCAACACACAAACUUUUUUUAAGAUUGUUAGCAGUCAGCUUUUAUCCUUACCCUCGUUUAAGAAAUAAAAAAUACAAUGUA